AUGCGGUAUAGAAAAAUACUGUUUAUUGGAUUUUUAACAUUGAUUCCAAUCAUCAUUUUGUCAGAAUUAGUUUAUUAUUUUAAUCUUGAUGUCUGCCCAGUAGAAACAUUCUUUUGUGAAAAUUCUACCGAAUGCAUACCUCAAAGAAGUUGGUGUAAUGAAGGAAAUCAGUGCCCUCAAAAGGAUAACAAUACAUCUGAUUGUCAAGCUGAUGAUCGAAAUAAUUGGGAAUGGUUUUUAAAAGACCAAGAAAAACUUGGAGACUCCGUUUGUGAUCCAUCCCAUUGUCCAAAACAAAAAUGUAAAUGUAAGAAUUGUUUAGUUGUUUGUGAAGGAUAUAAAGAAAUUCCACAAGACUUAUCGCUAAAUGUCACUACCAUAUCUCUCUCGAAUAAUUUAUUGAAAUCACUCACUAAUGAUUUUACAAAAUAUACGGAAAUUCGAACGCUGUAAGUUACAUUUUUCAUUAAUUGUAAUUGAUUGUUUUUAAGAGUACUAUCGAAUAACAAGAUAAAAGAAUUGAGUCCAGGACAUUUUUCUGGAUUAUCAUCACUUGAAACCCUUUUGGCUGAUAAUAAUCAAAUGAUCAGGGCUGAUUUUUCAGACUUGGAAAACAGUACUUCACUUGAAUGGAUUAAUUUAAGUAAUAAUAUUCUAAGGUAUGACAAUCUUAUUUUACCUCAUCUUCCUGCUCUCAAAAAGUUAAUUUUAUAUAAUAACGAAAUUGAAAAAAUAAGCAGUAAUUUAUUUUCUCUACUCCCAUCUUUAAAUUCAUUAAACUUGGAAAAAAAUCAUUUACUCUAUAUCGACAUUGAUGCUUUUAAUAAUAUUUAUAAUUUAACGGAAUUAAAUAUAGCAUUCAACUAUUUAACAAAUAUUCCCAACAAUUUAUUCUGUCCUUUGCAAAGACUUUCAAAAUUAAUAAUCGGAUAUAAUCCUAUCGAUAACUUGGAGAUUGAUGUAUUGAAACCACUCACGAACCUUCGGACUCUUGGAAUUGAAAAAAUUUCCAUACAAAAUGCUGAAAAAAAUGUAUUUGAUCAAUUUAAAAAUUUAAAAUCAAUCUAUUUGAAGAAUUUUUAUUACUGCACAAACUAUGCAAUUAAUGUGGAAAAAUGUUUCCCACUUACUGAUGGAAUAUCUUCAUUAUCACAUUUAUUGGAGAAACCGAUACUUCGCGCUUCAGUCUGGGGAAUAGCCAUGAUUACUUGUUUAGGUAAUGUAUUAGUACUUUGGGGACGUUUUACAGCUAAAAACGAGAACAAAGUUCUUAGCAUCAUGAUCAAAAACCUUUCAGUAUCAGAUUUGAUGAUGGGUUUAUAUUUAUUAAUCAUUGGAUUUGAAGAUAUAAGUUUUCGAAAUAGUUACAAAAGAAAUGCAAAUACAUGGAUGUCUUCGUGGUCUUGCACUUUUCUUGGGAUAUUAGCAAUGACGUCAUCUGAAGUUUCUGUAUUAAUUUUAUCCUUUAUAUCUAUUGAAAGAUUUUUAAUUAUUUCUGCACCAUUUAAAAGUCAACAACGUGUCUUAACCCCUUAUGCUGCUAUUAUUUCAAUGAUUAUCAUUUGGGUUUUUGGAGUAACUCUUGCUUUGACACCUGCAAUUUACUGGAAUGACAGUACAAGAUUUUACGGAUUAAAUGGAAUGUGCUUUCCUUUACACAUCGAUGAUCCUUUCAUUAUUGGCUGGCAGUAUUCAGCUUUUAUUUUUUUAGGAAUAAAUCUAUUUGGAUUAUUAAUUAAUUUCUAUGUAUAUUUAAGAAUGUUUUCAAAUAUUUGGAGAACAAGACAUAAUACUCCUUUAACUGUGAAAGAUUCUGAAUUUGCCAUGAGAUUUUUUCUUAUUGUUUUUACCGAGGCAGUCUGUUGGGCACCCAUUAUUUCUCUCAAAAUCUUUGUAUUUUUGAAAAAUCCUGUUUCUUCCGAUCUUCAUGCUUGGUUAAUUGUCUUUAUUCUACCAGUUAAUAGUGCUAUUAAUCCUCUCUUAUAUACAUUUACGACUCCAAAAUUUCGACAAAGAUUGAAUAAAAUCUGGUGGAACAAAAUAAAUAAAAAUAAUUCGAGAAGAACGUCAGAAAAUGGUUACAUCUGCUUAAAAAUUUGUUACUGA